AUGGGCUAUACUGGCUUCGUCGCCAUCGGAAACUUGAUCGCUGGAGCAACGCAGGAAAAUUAUUACCAAACAGUUGGCGAUAUGGGUGAACGAGCUGCGGAGGCUCGGGAGUUUUACGAUGCCCACAAAAGCGAGAUCAGCGACGAGAAUCUUGGGAAAGAGUUUAAGGCCCGGCAUAACAUUGCGGAAGAUGCAGCAAAAGAUGCAGUCGACCUACGUGAAAAGGAUGCGGCUAAGGUACGCAUUGAUGUUGUUCGAACACAACUCAAGAACAUCUUGCCGAAAGAUGAUCCGAAAAGAAUUGAUAUCCGUGUUACCAGGAAAGAGGUGGAAUUUACCACAAACCCUAAAAAGACCUAUUCUGAUAUUGAUAUCGACGGGACGGCGAGGGAUGUGGCUGGCCAUUUGGGUCUCACUGUGGAUGAAGUCAGGACAGAAAUCUACAGAAUCCUGACUGAAGGAGAAGCGAGCGAAGAAUAUAGGAAUCAUCAGGCGGCGCUAGAUGCGGCCAAACGGGCUUGGAGGCUAUCUGAGUGUGAGAAAGCACCGUUGGCUCUUGCCAGCUGGGAGUUGUGGUAG